UUUUUUUGCUACAAAAACCAGUUGAUCAUCAAAUUUGUUUCUGUUUUGUUGCUGUUUUUUAAUCGAAUGGUGAACAUGUAAAUGAACACAAUGAUGAUUAAAAUUAUAUUGGUCAUUAUUUUAUAUCAGAUUCUUGUUUGUGAAUCGGUGACAAUUAAUAAUAAUCAUAAUAAUAAUAAUAAUGGUGAUGAUGAAAAUGGUGAUCUAACCGAUAUUGUACAACAAUGGAAUAAUAGAUUCGAUAUGACCAAUUUUGGACAACAAUUAAUGACAUGGAAUAAUCGUUUACAAAAAUUAUUGUCCACACAAACAAAUGUUAGUCAUGAUUGUCGAUAUGCAUUGAAUGAAUAUUUCAAAAAUCCAUUUCGACAUAAUUGGACUAUGAAAAUGUGGGAUUCGAAUGGUCAUUUUCCAUCGGGUAUUCUGGUGGGUACCUUUUUUGAACCUGGAAAUUUUGAUGAAUGUCUCAAGAUCAAAUCAGUAGAUAAUAAUGGCAUUGAAGGCAAGUAUUGUAUAAUGGAAAUUAAAUUACCACCAGUGUUGGAUCCAAAGAAUCCACCAUUACCUUCGAAUAUGGACAAUAAUGGAAUGAAAAAUUGGUAUGAAUCAAUUCGAUUCAUUUAUGAUUGGCAAUCAUUAUCCGGUAUCAACAAUGGAAUUUGUCUACCGUCCAGUUGUAGUGAUGUGGAAACCAACGAAAUUGUUACUAAAGUCUUAAUACCUGUGGAAUCGAGUCUUCGUGCUCGGAUACGAUUUUGUCAAGAACGUAAAACACAGACCAUCAAUGUGCCGAUAAGAAUGGGCGAGAAAAUUAUUUGGACCAUCUUUUUCGGUCAUUUAUUCCUAGUUGCAAUUGGUACAAUAAUGGAAUUAUUUAUCAAAGGAAUAGAAUCUAAUGAAGGCAUGUUGGGUAUAUUGAUAUGUUUUUCGCUAAUCGAAAAUACACGAACAUUAUUUCGAAUUAGUCGAUCAAAGCAUCAUGAAUCGACUGGAGAAAAAACUCAAUUUAAAUUCAUUCAUGGAUUACGAGUUUUAUCCAUUUAUUGGGUUGUAUUGGCCCAUGUUUUAUUAUUCCAUCCAUUCACUCAAUACGAUGAUCUGGUACCACCGGUUCAUUCACUCAACACACGAUUCUCGAUCAUACAGAAUGUAUUUGCACAUUUUGUAGUCAAUGCUGGUUUAGCUGUCGAAACAUUUUUCUUCAUCAGUGGUACACUUACCGUUUAUACUAUAUUGACCACUACUGCUGAACGAUCAAAUCAAUCGAUCAAUAUUUUCACCUAUAUAUGGCUUCGUUGGAUUCGUUUCACACCACCAUUAUUGGGCGCAACAUGUCUUUUACUUUUAUGGCCACGUAUUGGUCAAGGUCCAUUAUUCCAUUCGGAUUAUAUUGGAUUCAUUACUGAACCUUGCUAUCAGAAUUGGUAUCUAAGUUUUGGUUAUAUAAGCAAUCUAUUUCCAUCGGAAAAAGUGUGUAAUGUAAUGCAUUGGUAUUUGAGUGCUGAUUUUCAAUUACACAUUCUUCUUUACGUUGUCAUUUAUUUUUUUACGAUAAGACGAUCAUUAUUAAGUUUUGUAUAUUCAUACAUUAUGAUUGGUCUUGGAUUUUUCAUACCAAUAAUAAUUGUUUUACUUGGCUGGGGUUCAGCACCUAAUCCAUCGAUUUUUUUACAUCCAAAUUAUCGAUUUCCAAUUGAAAAAGUUGAACUUUUUAUUUUUGCCACAUGGAAUCAUUUCAUACCAUAUUUUGUAGGAGCAUUAUUUGGUCUUUGGUUAGUUCAACGAAAACAUCAAAACAAUCAGAUGUCCAAAUGGAAACGUUACCUAAUCUGGAUCAUAUUGGGACCAUUAUUCAUGAUGCAACCAUUUGGUUCAUAUUCAUUUAUCGAUUCGGAUAAACCUGUUGAUCAGCCAUUAAUAUCGGCCAUUAUGUUUGGUUUGGUUAGAUCUAUUUGGUCAUUAGGAAUUCUAUGGCUAUGUUGGCAAUGUGUACAACAACAAGGUGGAAUCAUACAACGUUUUCUAGAAUCGGAAAUCAUGCAACCAUUUAGUCGACUUUCAUUUAGUAUUUAUUUGGUUCACAUUAUACCGAUUUGGCAUUAUAUGUACACCAUACGGCAACCAGUCGAAUUGAGUUUAUUCAAUUUGCUAUUCAUUGGUAUUGGUUCAGGAUUUAUUUCCACAUUAUUAGCUUUUUUUCUUUAUUGUACAUUUGAACGUCCUUAUGUUCGAUUGGUAAAAAUUUUAUUAUUCAAUUCUAAUCGAUCUACUACUAAUAAUUAUGAACAAUCAGCUACUACUUCCAAUAAUAAUAACAACAACAACAACAACAAUACUGUCAUCGAUAUUAUUGAAAUGAAAAAUAUCGAAGAAUCGAGAAAACAAACAAAAAUGUAAUCACACUACGAUUGAUUGCACUUGCAUAUACUAUACUAUGGUUGUUAUGCAUCAACAAACACACAUAUAAACAAAGACACUCACCUGACGAUGACAUCAAUGAACUAAUCAAAA